AGGCGUGUUUUGCUCCCGGAGUGUAGAGAGAGAAAAUCCCCCAAAUAAAUUCGAACCAUUCAGAGAAGGAAUUUUUCCGGCAACCCGAAGCUCCGAAUGGCGAGUUGGACUCGCUGAGUUGACCGGAUUCCGACCACCCUCUUUUCAACUCGCCGCCGUCAUCGUUUCCCCUUCCUCGCCGGAGUUUAAGCCGCCGGGAAACAUGGCGUGGCCCACUUACUUGGAUGAAUACGAAAAGCUCGUCAUUCGCAUGAACACUCCCAGGGUCAUGAUCGACAAUGCAGGUUGCCCCACCGCCACCCGCGUCAUGGUGGAUAGUGCUAGAAAGCAUGGGAUUCUUCUGGAAGCAGUUCAAGUCCUCACGGAUCUGAAUCUUUGCAUCAAGAAGGCGUACGUUUCCUCCGAUGGUCGGUGGUUCAUGGACGUGUUUCAUGUAACCGAUUUUGACGGGAACAAGUUAACCGACGACAGUGUCAUUAAAUACAUCGAACAGUCGUUAAUGAGUGCUCCCCAGUCGAGUUCGAAAUGCUUUGAUGGGUUGACGGCGUUGGAGUUAACGGGGACGGACCGGAUCGGGCUGUUGUCCGAGGUUUUCGCGGUGCUGUCGGAUUUAAAGUGCAAUGUGGUUGAAUCCAAGGUGUGGACCCACAACGGGCGGAUCGCGUCGUUGAUUUACCUCAGGGACUGCGACUCGGGGUCCACGAUCGAGGACUCGGAGAAGAUGGAGAUGCUGGAGUCGAGGUUGAGGAACGUUUUGAAGGGCAAGGGGGAAAACGACAUUCGGAGCGCGAAGAUGUCGGUUUCCAUGGCCGAUACCCACGCCGAGAGAAGGCUUCACCAAAUGAUGUACGCGGAUCGGGAUUACGAGACGAAGCCCGCGGUCCCACUUGUGUCUGUCCUCAACUGCAUCGAAAAGGGUUAUUCGGUCGUAAAUGUUCAGUGCAAAGACCGGCACAAGCUUCUCUUCGACGUGAUUUGUACUCUCACGGAUAUGCAGUAUGUUGUGUUCCACGCCACGGGCAAUACAACCCGUGACAGGGCCCACUUGGAGUUCUUCAUUCGACACACGGAUGGUAGCCCGAUUCGGUCCGAUGCUGAAAAACAACGCGUUAUUCUAUGCUUACAAGCUGCCAUUGAAAGAAGAGCCUCCGAGGGUACGAGGUUGGAACUAUGCACAGGCGACAAACCGGGGCUACUAGCCGAAGUGAUGAGGACCUUCCGGGAAAACGGGCUAAACGUGACCAGAGCGGAGAUAUCAACUGAGGGUGACACCGCGUCAAACGUCUUCUACGUCACGGACGCGAGCGGGAACACGGCGAGCCCACAAGUCAUCGAAGCGGUCCGAGAAAAGAUCGGCGAGGGGGUCUUGAGAGUGAAGGAGCUGCCAAUGCCGUGCGGCGAAAAGGAGGCGGCAGAGGAGGAGGAGAGGUACGAGGGGUUUGGCGGGACGAUGCUGCUCUCGAUCGGGAGCAUCGUCCGGCGGAACCUCUACAACUUGGGACUCAUCAAAUCUUGUUCUUGAAUUCUUGUUUGGGGGGACCAAACUAAAAAAAGAGUGUGUGUACAUAGGAAGAGUACAGAGAAAGUACUAGGGAUUGGUUUGGCAGUUGUUUUUAGUACUUUUUACAGAGCUGGUAGAACAUGAAAACAUGUGGUUGUGUGGGACCCAUCUCUCCCAUGCCAGAUCAAUAGGUUGAAAUUUGGUAAAAAAGUGGUGUGGACAUAUGAAUUGGUUGUCACAAAAAUGGUGUACAAAGUUUUGACAUUACUCAUUUUUGUUUCGAUCGAAACGAUUUUACAUGAUUUUUCUCAAUAUUUGUAAAAUCGUUCGUUAAAACAAAAAUAAGUAAUGUCAAAUUUAGGAUACCAUUUUUGGGUACAAAAUAGGUAUGUUUUUUUUUCUGAAUUGGUUUCAUCUGAUUUUUCACUCGUAUGUUUAGGGAGAAGAUAGAAAUAGGGGACAAGCU